UGGUGCAGAUGAGAGCUGUUCAGGAUUGAUGGGUAAGAAAAGCGGAGCUGCUGGAGCUCCUGUCGACUUUAAGGGUCAGGAGGGAUGUCUGAUCAUACAAGUUAAGACUGCUGCAAAACUUCCUAACAGAGAUCUUCUCGGAGAGAGCGACCCAUUUGUGGAUCUCGAGCUCGACGGAAUCAAGAGAACAACACGUGUUAUACACAGUGAGCUUAACCCGGAAUGGAACGAGACGUUUACAUGGAAGAGGUACAGGCCUCUGACAGAAGAGAGUAUGCUCUUGAUAAAGGUCUAUGAUUAUGAGAAGAUCCUCAAAAACAAGUUACUGGGCGAAGCAGUUUACCCUCUGAAAGAUUUGGUUAGGUUAGGAGCACAAGAGGCUACUGUACCACUCAGAGACAGAGACGGUAAAGUUGGAGAGAGUCGAUUGAACCUCUAUUUGGAAUACACUAAACCAACUCUUGACCCUGAUGAGGAGAUGGAAGAAGGUGUUGCAGGCACGGUAGCAGAUGAAGCGGGAAACCCGAUCCCUGACGAGACUGAGCAGGAGAUUGAAGUGGCUCCGGGGGAGACUCCUGGUGCUGCCAAGAAGAAGAAAUCUGUAAUAGCAGCUCCACGAUCUAGCAUUGAUCGUUCUAAACUCUCGACCAAAAAGCAAGACUUCCAGGUCAGAGUUAAUAUACACGAGGGCAGGAAACUGCUGGGAGGAAACAUCCACCCAGUUUGUAAUAUCCACGUGGGGAAGCAAUCUAAACACACUAGAGUCCAGAAAUCUACCAACAAGCCUCUGUGGGACGAGGUAUUGUUCUUUGAUUUCAACUGCUCCGCUCUUGACCUGUGUGAUGAGCCGGUUACGAUAGAGGUACUCAACUCCAGAAAGAUCAGAUCUGACUCGCUUAUAGGAGCAUUUAAGUUCGACCUUGGACUUGUCUACGAAUCUGCAGAUCACCAGUUCGUACACAAGUGGGUACUGUUAACAGACCCAGAGGACAAGGAGUCCGGGGCAAAGGGUUAUGUCAAGAUCUCCAUCUCAAUCCUGGGACCCGGAGACAAGCUGAAGAUCCCUCCCAAGUCCUCAUCCAGUGAUGAUCUGGUUGAUAUUGAGAGCAACCUGCUGAGACCUGCUGGAGUGCAGCUGCAGCCUGCUACUUACACUGUUAAGAUAUAUAAGGCUGAGGAUGUACCCAAGAUGGACACUGACUAUUUUGAGGGAAUGAAGAGAGUACUCCGGAUGCAACACGGAGAUCACGAUUUAGUGGACCCCUACAUGAUCGUCAGUUUCGCGGGCAAGAAGCUCAAGACAAAGGUCCUCUACAAGACCUACACGCCAGAGUGGGCUCAGGAGCUCAACAUAGGGGUUCAGAUGCCUUCCAUGUGUGAACAGCUCAUGCUCAGACUCAUGGACAAGGACCACUUUAACCGGGACGACAUCAUAGCGACGCACUUUCUGCAGCUGACAAGGCUAUCAUCUGCUGAUCCUGAUGAUGAGGGCUUCCUCCCCACCUUCGGGCCCGCUUAUGUUAACUUCUACGGAAGUCCCAGAGAGAGUAUUGUGGACGACGAGCUGGAACCUCUUAACCGCGGCUGUGGUGAGGGUUGUUCGUUUAGAGGAAGAGCUCUUGUAGAGCUGACAGUGAACAUUGGACAAGAACCAAGCAAGGAUGAGAUGUUAAGAGAUAUAGACGGAGAAGACUGGCUAAGAGUACAGCCUUUCCAGCGACGAAGGAGAUACAGACUAUUUGUUGGGUUCCUAGAGGGAACCAUGAUCCACCCAGUAGAUGCUCCCGUCGAGUUUGAGAUUAGUAUUGGAGAGUACGGUAACAAGUUUGCCAGCACGACCCUGCCAGCUCCCUCUACCACCCAGCCAACUAACCCUGUGUACGAUGGUUCCCACUACUACUACCUGCCAUGGGGCCAGACCAAACCUUGUGUCAUGCUCAACUCUCAGUGGGAGGAUGUCAUGUUUAGGAUUGAGAGUCUUAACCUCAUCUGUAGGACUAUUGACAGACUGGAAGGACAUCUGAAGGACGUGAAGUACCUGAUGAGAGCUAAAGCACCUCUAGCAGAGAGUGCAGGUAAGCUGAUAAAAUUGCUGGAUGAGCUGAUCAUUGAUCUCAACCAGCCUCUCCUCGAGCUCCCUCAGAAAAAUAUCACGGAACUGGACAAGAAGUUGUACGCUCUCAGAGACGACGAGAUGAAACGAAUCCUGAUCGAGGCAGUGAACUUGCGAGAGAAUGCCAGAGACAUUGAGCAAGCCAUUAUUGAGAUCGACAGUUAUAUUUACAGACUCCAACAGAUCGCAACUGAGCCCCAGAACAGUAUCCCAGAUGUGAUAAUCUGGAUGUUGUGUGGAAACAGAAGAGUGGCUUACCACAGAAUUCCCUCUCACCAAGUCAUGUUCUCUCCCAAACAAGACUGCUGCGGAAAACUGUGUGGUCAUGUGUUCAGUGUCUUCCUGAAGAGGCCCUCAGUUCCGGACAAGAGCAACGCUAAGAGGCAGUGGAAACUACCCGCCAAACUACAAGUGUUUGUGUGGAUGGGUCUAGAGGACCAUGCCAAGGGGAUCCAACACAAACCACUUGAUGGUGAGAUCUCUGUGUUCGCUGAGACCUACGAGAACAUGAUCUCACUUCUCAGCAAGUGGACUACCAGAGCCAUGCCUAGACCUAAGUGGUCUGAUAUCACCGGACAGUUGAAGCUGCCCAAGGAGUCCUUUACUACUCCUGGUGGUUGGAGAUGGGCUGGAGAAUGGUUCAUCAACCCUAACCUCAGUUUGAGCUACGACCUAGACAGCGGACUGAGCUCCUUCCAAGAUGACGUGUUUGAGAACCAACUGAGAGUGCCAGGAAGUGACUGGCCCACCAGCAAGCUCUUCUGGACCGAUGUAACGGGAGAAGAAGCACAGAGCAAGGAGGACAUCAUGUGCCCGGCUGGUUGGGAGUGGACUGAUAUCUGGACUGUGGAUCUCAACAGAGCUGUAGAUGAGGAGGGGUACGAGUACUGUUUGGACCAGAGUGUCGGAGGAUUUGUACCAGUUGAAAAGACCUACCAUCUGUGUAGGAGAAGGAGAUGGGUUCGUACCAGGAAGAGGAACCCUGAUCUCAGACAACAGGCCGCACACCAACGAAUGGUUCGAGCAGCUGAGGAAGGCUGGGAGUACUCCAGACUCUUCACCACCAAGUUCCACCUGAAGCAGCGCACCAUGGAUAUGGUGAGGAGGAGGAGAUGGCACAGGAAGAUGGUUGCUGAUAACCCAGAUGCUGAUGCUAUCUUCAUCAUAGAUCCUACUAGUGAUGUACACGAGACUAUUGGUGCGAGUCGGGCUCGGUCCCCUGCCAGAGGUAAAGAAGACGACCACCUACAGCAGCGCACCAUGAUAACACCGACUGUUUUCUUAACUUACAAAGAGCCCCAUACCUACCAGCUGCGAGCCUACAUCUAUCAAGCUAGAGAUCUGUUCAGUGCUGACCCCUCGGGUCUAUCCGACCCGUACGCUAGGGUUGUCUUCUCAAGACAGAGUCAAAGAACUAAAAUCCUAAAUGAGACUCUCUGCCCCACAUGGGACCAGACCUUGGUGUUUGAGGAGGUCGAGUUCUACGGGAACCCGACCAUGUUGGCAGAGAGUCCUCCCAUCGUUGUGGUAGAGCUCUUCGACUACGAUACUCUGACCCUGCAGGGAUCUGACUUCUUGGGGCGAGCGAUAGCUACCCCCAUAGUCAAACUAGGGGGUGAGCACCAAAUGGCGAAGUUGAACUGGCACCCCAUAACCCGGGGUGGCGAACCUGCAGGUGAAUUGUUAGGAGCGUUUGAGCUGUACCUGAACGAGGGAGCAGAGCUACCUUUCAUGCCACCUACCAGAGGAGACGUAUACCAGGUUCCUAGUGGAAUCAGACCUGUCAUGCAGCUCACUAGAAUAGAGGUGCUGACUUGGGGUGUACGACACAUGAAGAAGUUCCAGCUAGCAGCCGUCAAUUCUCCUAGUAUUGAGAUAGAGUGUGGUGGUGUGGUACUCUCCACAAUCAAAAUCAAGAACGCUAAGAAGAACCCCAACUUCGACACAUCCUCUAUGCUGUUUGAUGUGUUCCUGCCGGUAGAGGAGCUGUACACACCUCCUCUCAACAUCCGACUGCUGGACCACAGAUCCUUCGGAGUGAAGCCUCUAGUUGGUACCCACAUGAUCAAGUCUCUCCAGGAGUACAGACGUGACCCUGUUGCUAUGGUACAGACUAUCAGAGAGAAAAUGUUGGAGUCAGGUUUUGGAGAUGCUGAGUACGCUAUUGACAUGGACUUUGCGGAUCCUGCUGCCACAGCAGAGCACCAACCUCCUGCUACCAGUACCUCAAGCGAGGAGGGAGAGUUUAAAGAGGAUGUUGACUGGUGGAGUAAAUACUACAGUUCCAGUGGAAACGAGCAGCUCGGCAGAGUUUACCGAGAGAAGGGAUACGAGAACAUGGUGGUGUUCGAGGAGGAGUUAGAGAACUACUUCGACAACUUCACAGAUCUAGCUCAGAGCUUCCCUCUCUUCCAUGGAAAGAGACACGAAGACGAGGAUCUUGAUGAGGACAAGGCUGUCGGCUACUUCAAGGGAACCUUCAGAGUGUAUCCCCUACCUGCAGAUGGUAGUGACCCCCCACCGAGGAUGUUGAAGAAUGUCCCGUGUAACCAGCUUGUUGAGGUUCUGGUCCGAGUUUACAUCGUGAAAGCGUUUGAGCUCCAGCCUCAGGAUCCCAAUGGUCUGAGUGACCCCUACCUGGCCCUCAAACUGGGUCGGUUCAAAGUAAAGGACCGUGAGAACUACGUGCCCAAGAACUUGUCCCCAACAUUUGGUAAAAUGUUCGAGUUAGACGGCACUCUGCCUCUUGAGAGUGAACUGAGAGUGCAGAUAUUCGACUACGAUCUUCUGUCUGGAGAUGAUCUGAUCGGCGAGACUAAGAUUGAUCUGGAGAACAGGUUCCUCAGUGCUAGAAGAGGGGUGUGUGGCCUCCCCAAACGAUACUACGUAGCGGGACCCUACAAGUGGAGAGAUGCAGAACUGCCCCGACAGAUACUGGAGAAAUGGUGUGCUACCCAGGCCCUACCACCUCCUGUUUGGAGAGGAAACAGUCAGGUCUACGUUAACGGCAAAACCUGCUGCCUACGAGACUACGAGACGAGAGGACAGGUACACAAGGAUUGGGGACCCCCCGAGGAGAGGCUUGCUCUUUACACCCUCCUGGACUUGGGUCUAGUCCCUGAGCACAUUGAGACCAGAACUCUGUACAACCCUCUCCGACCUGAGAUACCUCAGGGAAAGAUACAGAUCUUCGUUGAUAUAUUCCCCAAGUCUGCCACUAUACCCCCUCCCAUUAACAUCACUCCUAGAGCGCCUCAAGAUCUGCAACUGAGAGUGAUCGUGUACAACGUCCAAGAUGUGCUGCUAUCAGAUACCAGCUUCACUGGAGAGAAGAUGAGCGACAUCUAUGUCAAGGGGUGGCUGAAAGGACAAGAUAAGAAACAGAAGACAGAUGUACAUUACCGAUCGCUGAACGGUGAGGGUAACUUCAACUGGAGAUACGUAUUCCCAUUCAAGUACCUCCCAGCUGAGGAAGUGAUGGUUAUCAAGAAGAAGGAGCACUUCUUCUCCCUGGACAAGCACGAGGAGAAACACCCCGUAACCUUCGUCUGUCAGAUUUGGGAUAACGACAUCUUCACUCCGGACGACUUUUUAGGAUUAUUGGAACUCAACUUGAACUUCAUGCCUAAAGCCAACAAGUUCGCAAAGAGUGUUUCUCUAGAUGAUCUCCCGGAUAACGAGAAAGGAAAACCUGUACCCAUGGUUUCACUAUUCGACCAGAAGAACGUGAAGGGAUGGUGGCCACUGUACGAAGAGGGUGGCCCUGACACGCCUCGUGAACUUACAGGAAAGGUAGAGAUGGAGUUGGAGAUCCUGUCGAAGGAGGACUCCGAAGCUAAACCAGCUGGUAAAGGUCAGGAGGAGCCCAACGAGAACCCGCAUCUCGACCCACCCAAUCGACCAGCAACCUCCUUCCUGUGGUUCACGUCACCGUGGAAAUCACUGAGGUACAUCAUCUGGAACAGCUACAAGUGGUACAUCCUCAUAGGUUUUAUUAUACUCCUGGUUGUCGCAAUGGUUGGUCUCUUCAUCUACUCAGCUCCGGGAGCACUAUCUCAAAAACUGAUCGCGAAGUUGUGAGGAUAUUCCUACUAGAGACUAUCUAAAAAAAGCAUGAGAUUCAGGACUGUGGAAUGCAUGCAAUACGUUUCCACGUGCAAAACGUGAUCUAUGCGCGUGUCCGCGUGCAAAAUGUGUUCUCAUGCAUCCCAUGAACCACUCAAGUAAAACUUUUUGUAAUUCUGAACUGAAACCUAAUUUUAAUUUAUUUUAUUUGUUUUAGAGCUCGAUUAUGAGGAAAAUAGUUGGCGCUGGCAAAUGAUGAGUCUAUCACAUGACAUUUCAACUGCUACUGACUGCACCCUCGCUACACGCUGCGCUUUUCUUUGUUUUCAUAUAUCGUUUGUUCGUGAUCUUUUGUGCGUGUGUAAAUUUUGAUACUUUUUAAAAAUAGCUGCAUUGCCUGUCGGAGUUCUAAGUCAGUACCAUGGUUACCAAUGUCCCACGUGGUUUCCAUGGUUACAUAUGCCCAUCACUUGGGGCUGGCUUAGAUCGCUUACGGAGUGUCCUUCAGUUCGGCGGUAAUCUUGAGCGCCGACUGGUAAUACUCGUCUGUAGUGCUAUGCGUGUAAUGUGUUAUUUAAGUUAAUCUCAUAAUGACAUCAAAAACUGCUGUUAUGUAAAUAAUUUAAGACAUUGACGUUAUGACCUGUAAAUAAAACGCAUGCUUUCAAGCUGGACUUGAAAUCACGAAACACUAGCAAUUCUCCAACAGAACGAGAAAAUUGUUGUCAUUUCGUUCAACCUUACUGAUUCUGAUAUCGUGUUCUGUUAAAUGUAUUCAAUAUGACAGUUAUUGAUGAUGUGAUUUUUGACCGGACAAAAUAAUGAUAUUGAAGUAGUAUUUAUAUAAAAGUUAGCUCAUGCAGUAUUUAUUUCAGUCAUUUUUUAGAUAUUUGUAUAUUUGUCUACUGUUGCAUGAUAAUGUAGAAAUUUUAUAUGUUGUCAAAAUGAGCUCAAUUGCAAAGAAUAAUCAUGUAUUUAUUUAAAUUCUGCAAAAUUGCUGUCCACAAUCACUUAUUUUAAUAGGACUGCAAACUUUUCGCUUUGACUUUUGAUAUUCAUAAUCAAUUAAAAUUAAGUUAUUUAAGUUUUAAUUGCAUUUUAUUCGUUUGUAAAUUGUGUUGUAUUUCAAAAUAUCUUGCUAUAUGCUGCUGUAUUUUAAUUUCAAUUGAAUCAUUCCACAUAUGCUCCAAA